AUGGACCACCGGCAGAGGGACGCCACUGCUGCUCUAAAGGCAGCCAUUCAGUUGGGCCGAGGACAGCCUGCGCCAGCUUCCCAACCAGAUCAGCCACCCAAUGUACCACCACAACAAGGUCCACAUUCAGGUCAUCCACAACAUCACCACACCCCGCCUCAACCAGCAAGCCCUCAGAGGCCGGAGCAACCCCCUGCUACUCAACAGGAUAUUCCAUUUCAAGAUCCUGAGCAACAACCACCUUCUCGCGCUGGUCGAGACAAUUCCCCGCAGCAAAGUUUGUGGAAGAAUGGGGUAAAGAGCACCCAAGAAUUUAUGGACCGAGCAAACCAGUACAUCAAACUCGAAGAGGCCAUUGCCAACGAAGGGAAAUCGCCUGCAGAUGACCAGGGCCCGAAAGAAGAUCCCAACAAAGCCGCCAAUGGAUCUGGGAAACCCAAUGGAAACGACAAAAAUAAUGGGAAAAACGGAGGAAAAAGGGUGAACCACGAGCCGCCAACAUCUGAGAACAAGCGCCCUAAAAGUAACAGAUACGAGACAAGGUUCACCAAUUACACGACCCUAGUCGAUAGCAGAGAAAAAGUGUACCAGGCCACUAACGCCAUUGUUCCCUUCAGGUGA